GGUUCAAUUCAUAAACAAAACGUUUGUUAAGCUGCUGAGUGAAAGAGAUGGUGGAGGAGAUUUUCUUCUGGAGAGGAAGCAGCAACUCAAACCCAUUUCAACAAUUUCAAAAUCACUCUAAUCUUAUUCUUCUUCUUUCUGGCCCUCCUACUUCUGGGAAGACUUCACUUCUUUUCCAAUUUGCAUUCAAUGUAGCAUCAUCAUCAUCAUCACUUCACUCCAACUCUUCAUAUCCAACUGUCGUCUUCAUCUGUAACCGCAAUAGGUUGGAUUCCAAACCCCCUUUUCUUUCUCAGGGUAUUGACCCCUCUUCUAAUGUCUUCCAACGUAUACAAAUGAAGUAUAUGAAUGAUGAUGAAGACAUUCGGAAGUACUUUGCUGCCUUCCAUCUGUAUGAUACAUUGCCUGAUGCAGUUGUUAUUGAUGAUUUUGGAGAUUUCUUUGACAACAAGGUAUGCCAACAACGAUAUGCUAAUUCCCGUGGGCGAGACCUGGCCAUGAUCAAAAGUCUAGCUUUGUGCCACAAUGCUAUUAACUAUGCAAAUCAAAAAGGGUCUUGCAUGCUUCUCUUGUCAGAUACUCAUGCUCACCAGGGAGACUCCCCGAGGCUUCACUUCAUCUAUAAGAAAUGGAUACACACCACUUUUACAAUUAAAGAAGACGAUAUAUCUGGAUCGUUUAUUUUGAAAGGUAAGAGCCACUCACGAACUGAUAACACAGGUACCGGUAGUAUUAAAGCUGCAAAGUACUCCAUAGCUCUUCAAUAUCUGGUCUUUGAUGGACUUGUCAAUGAUCAAGUAGAAUAGGAAAUAGAAAUCUACCUCUUCAAUUAGCAAAACUGAUUGGUGACUGUAACUGUAUCAUUGCAUAUAUUCCCUUGUUCACUUUAACAACUAUACUCAAUCAUAUAAUGAACUUUGGUUUUACAUGCAUCCUAAGUGAAACCAUACGAUAGGAAUCUCAGAUUUCAAGUAGGGCUUUUAAAUGAAUUUAAAUUGUAAGAUUUAUAUCUUAGUCUUACACCACCUUUCUCUUGUUUUGGUUCAAAGUUCUAGUUGCUGUGACACCAAGUAAACAAAAGGUAGCAAUAUGUCAUAUGUGUGCUUAAGUCCUAGUUAACUAGUAACCGGAUUGGUCAUUAUGAUUU